UUUAAAGUCUAUUGAAGACUAAAUGGAGGAAGUAGAGGAAACUGUCUCACCGCCCCCUCUGGAUAGCUGAUAGUAUAAAGCCAGUCAGGCCAUGCGAGUUAGCAUUGUUAUGGAGAGAGUCUCAAAUAUCUUUCUAGAAACAGAACAACACUGUGACCAUUCUUUUUUUUUUUUUAGCUUUUCCCUUUUACAACUCUAAUUUAAUUCUAAUUUUUUAAUACACCCGUCAUUUGGUGAUCCACGUGUGGAAGUCAUGAGAGAGUUUAGCAUCUUCUCCAUCUGGAUGUCUAUCAGCCUGUGGCUGCUGGAGAGCUCCCUGUGUGCCGGCGACUCAAGUGUUGUGAAUCCCUGUUGUUACUACCCUUGUCAGAACUCGGGAGUGUGUGUGAGAUUCGGCACGGAGCGCUACAAAUGUGACUGCACACGCACUGGCUUCUCUGGAGAAAACUGCACUGUUCCGGAGUUCUGGACCAGAGUUCGUGUCAUGCUGAAGCCCAGCCCGAAGGUGGUUCAUUACGUCCUCACCCACUUACAUUGGUUCUGGGACCUGGUCAACAGGUCUUUCCUACAAGAUACCUUCAUGAGAAUAGUGAUUACAGUCAGAAGUGAACUUAUUCCAAGCCCUCCGACCUACAAUACUAAAUAUGGAUACCUCAACUGGGAGUCCUAUUACAACAUCUCCUACUACACCCGGCUCCUCCCUCCUGUACCUGAAGACUGCCCUUUGCCCUUGGGAACUAAAGGUAAACCUGUCCUUCCUGAUCCCAAAGUGGUGGCUGAGCGUUUCUUUAAAAGAGACACAUUUCGGCCAGACCCCCAGGGAACCAAUCUGAUGUUUGCCUUCAUGGCCCAGCACUUCACCCACCAGUUUUUCAGGACAAACCAUGAAGUUCAAGGUGGCUUCACCAAGGCUUUUGGACAUGGGGUAGAUGCGAGUAACAUUUAUGGAGACAGCCUCAUGCGACAGCUUGAGCUCCGGCUUCAUGAGGAUGGAAAGCUGAAAUAUCAGUUAGUAGACGGCGAGAUGUACCCCCCUACAGUAUCUGAGGUCCCCGUGCACAUGGUGUACCCUGAAGGUUUCCCUCCAAAGCAUCGUCUGGUUGUUGGUCAGGAGUUCUUUGGCUUCCUGCCGGGUCUCACCAUGUACGCCACCAUAUGGCUGAGGGAGCACAACAGAGUCUGUGACAUCCUUAAGGCCGAACAUCCCACUUGGGAUGAUGAGCAGCUUUUCCAGACCGCCAGACUCAUCAUCAUUGGGGAGAUCAUCCACAUUAUAAUAGAAGAGUACGUGCAGCAUCUGAGUGGUUACCUGCUGAAGCUGAAAUUUGAUCCCUCCCUGCUCUUCAAUGUGCGUUUCCAGUACAGCAACCGCAUCGCCCUGGAGUUCUGCCAGCUCUACCACUGGCACCCGCUGAUGCCUGACAGCUUCCUCAUCGACGGGGAUGAAAUCCCGUACUCCCAGUUUUUUUACAACACCUCCCUCCUCAUGCAUUACGGGGUGGAGAAACUGGUGGAUGCUUUCUCUCGACAGCCUGCAGGACAGAUCGGUGGAGGUCGCAACUCUCACAAAGUGGUACUCAGCGUGGCAGAAAUGGUCAUCAAGGAGUCUAGAGCAGCACGUGUGCAGCCCUUCAAUGAAUACAGGAAGAAGUUUAACCUGAAGCCUUACAGCUCUUUUUAUGAAUUUACUGAUGACAUAGAAAUGGCCAGAGGUCUAGAGGAACUCUACGGGGACAUUGACGCUUUGGAGUUUUACCCUGGAGUCAUGCUGGAGAAACCAACCCCAAGUAGUAUAUUUGGUGAGAGCAUGGUGGAGAUGGGUGCUCCCUUCUCCCUGAAAGGCCUGCUGGGAAACCCCAUCUGCUCCCCCGAGUACUGGAAGCCCAGCACCUUCGGGGGAGAGACCGGCUUCAAUAUCAUCAAGACUUCCACUCUGAAGAAACUGGUGUGUCUCAACACCAAGUGGUGUCCAUACGUGGACUUCCACAUUCCACGAAAUGAGGAGGAGGCAAAACCAAGGAAACCGUCAACUGAACUUUGAAUAUGAAUAUUCACCCGGUGACCUGUUGAAACUGGAUUUGGGGAUAGAAAGGGUGAAUUCAAUACUACAUGUGCUAAGUCAGUGGUUUUGAACUUGCCUGCAGUGAAUAACAUUGUACAUUUAAGCAGAUCUACCUCCUGAAGCAGCUGAUAAAAUCACAUACUGUAUUUUCUGGUGAAAUCAAUGUAUUCAUUACCAUUUUGCAGGGAAAUCUCUCCAGACCAUGGCAAUGAAUUUUAAUUUGUUUAUGGUAUAACCGAGCAUUAGUAUGAGUUUCGUUUGUUUUCCUUCUUUUUCUUUGUGUUAUUUCCUUUUCUUUUCAGAGCGUCUGUAUUACAUCACUAUAUCUUUUUGAAGACCAAAACAGAAAAACACGUAACAUUACUGCAAAAAUUACCUAUUCAAUGAAGAGAGCGAAUUCACUGCAUUUUAAGUUGCCAAAAAUAAAAGUAAGAAAUUGUUUAUGAAAUGUAAGAAAUAAUGAUCUGCAGUUACUUUUGUUGCAUAUUGGUAGAAACAUGUCUGAUUUUGGUUAAAAUUACAUCCCAUGUAUCUUUAUAAUCUGUACAAAACGAAAUGUUGCAAUUUAAAAAUAAAAGUUUCCAGUUGACCACCUAGCAGCUCCACUGCGGCAGUUUUGGGGUUAAGUGCCUUGCUCAGGUGCACUUCUGCAUGAGGAGUCUGUAGUACAAGAAU